CGAAGCAGAUCCAUAUAUCCGUUGCUGUCCUUGCCUCUGGUAAGGCUAUUGCGGCUCUGCAUGAAUGACUGAUAAGUAUCAGCAUGAAUCCGUUUCUUUCCGUCUGUCUUCUAAUCUUAGACGCAGACAAAUUUACCUAAAUUUCCAACUCAACAUUAAUUGUUUUUCGUAAGAAUUUUCUUCCACAUAAAUUUUGAACACUCAUAACCAGAAUUUGCAUUCUGUGUUAUUCAUCAAGUUUAUUCCGAGACUUCAGCGUUACCAAAUUGUUGUUUCAGCAGUAUGGACGCUCAGCCGCUUCUCGGGAACGAAGUUUCUAUUGGGGUGGAGGAAAAACCACUGAAGACUAAAGUCCACAAAGUUCUCUCUUCAGAAGAGUGGUUGGAGUUCAAACCAAUCAUGCAGAGAUUAUAUAUCGAUGAAAACGAGACUUUCAAAGUUGUCGCUGGCAUACUCAUGAGCGAAUUCGGAUUUUAUCCUAUGUAUGUACUGAUUUGCUUGUGGUGAUUAGUGGAAGCUGUGACAUGCUAACAAUCAAAUUACAGAAAGCGCCAAUUCACGAGAAAGUUGAGGAAUGGGGGUUGAAAAAGAAUUUUAGCAAGGCGGAAAGAGAGCUCCUUCUAGAAAAUGGAGAUUCCAAAGGCGCCUCGCAUUUCAGUAUUUUGGACAAACGUGUUUUAGACCCUCGAAGGAUCUAAAGGUUGAAGAGAAGAUAUGAGAAUGAAAGCCAACGGUCUCAAUGUUUGACCUCCUUCAGUAUAUCCCUUCAUCGAAAACUUAUGGAUCUUUGGAUUGCCUCAUUUAAAAUUUCCCCCGGAGGAAAUUGAUGCCGUCAUAGAAGAAGUUGCUGCAAGUCAUUCCAUGCCCCUGCGCUUGGAGAUUCCCGACGAGAAUACCGCCAUGGAUAUAGAACAUUGGCCAUUCGACUGGGA